AUGCUAAAGAAAAAUGGGGCCAUACGCAUUUGCAUUGAUUUUCGAAAUCUGAAUCUGGCAACACCCAAGGAUGCAUAUCCCAUGCCAAUUUCAGAUUUGCUAAUCGACGCCGCGACUAAUCAUGACAUGCUGUCAUUCAUGGAUGGACAUGCCGGUUAUAACCAGAUAUUUAUUACCGAGGCCGAUGUUCAUAAAAAUGCUUUCCGCUGCCUGGGGGCACUUGGAACCUACGAGUGGGACCCAGAUAAGUUUGAGUGCCAUGAAGAACAUCGAGCGGCUUUCACGCAAAUCAAGGUAGCUCUUGCAACUCCGCCCGUCCUCGUACCGCCUCAACGUGAUAAACCCCUUAAGCUUUACAUUUUAGUGGCUGAAGAAUCCAUCGGUUGCCUCCUCGCGCAAGAUACUGAUGCUGGGCGAGAACAAUCUAUUUUCUAUCUCAGCCGAAACCUCAAUACUCUAGAGAUCAAUUAUUCACCUGUCGAGAAGCCUUGCUUGGCUUUGUUUUUCUCCGCAUCAAAACUCCGGGACUAUAUGCUCCCAUCCGUUACUCAGGAGGAUCUUGUAGAUGUUUGCGCAGUCGAGCCACUACCAAACGACUGGAAAAGGCCAAUUAUGCAAGGCCUUGAUAAUCCCAUAGACAAACACGACCGAAAGACAAAGGUCCAUGCCACAAACUACAUCUCGUACCAGAAUGAGUUGUAUCGAAAGGGCGAGGAUGGUUUAUUGCUGUUAUGCCUCGACCUGCCAGAAGCCGCCCAAGCAAUCACAGAGGUACACGAAGGAAUUUACGGAGCCCAUCAAUCAGGACGCAAGAUGCGUUGGCUACUUUGCCAGCACGGUUUCUUCUGGCCAAGCAUAUUGAAAGAUUGUAUUGAGUAUGCGCGAGGGUGCAUCCAGUGUCAAAUUCAUGGACCCAUCCAAAGAGCCCCGACCGAAUUAUUUCAUUCGGUCACCAAACCUUGGUCGUUCAAAGGAUGGGCAAUGGAUGUAAUCGGAAAAAUUAUGCCAUCUUCUGAAGCAACGAAACAUGCAUGGAUACUUGUGGCAACUGAUUAUUUCACUAAAUGGGUCAAACCAAAAUCAUACGCCGAAUUAACAUCCAAGGAGGUUUGCGAUUUUGUGGAGGAACAUAUUGUGACCAGAUUUGGCAUACCAUAA